CAUACAAACCAGACGCCUAUAAUAACCUUAUGGGAAUAAUUGGAAUUGAGGUUUUUUUUUUUUCUCGCUUUCCCCCUUUGGACGCAUGCGCAGUGGGGAGCGUACUGGUCAGUCUGAGAAGCAGCUGUUCAGGGCUGGUGAAAUUCCAACAUGGCAGUGGCUGUGGUCAGUGUUUCCUGCGUUAACUUGGGAUGGUUUCAGCUCGCACGCAACCCGGCUUAACCUCGGCACCCCGUUCAUCAGCAGAACCCCUCCCAGGGAUCGAUGAGACCCUAAACCCCCACGUGAGAGGUCGACCUGUCGCUAAAAAAACAGCACGACAUGAUCAGCAGCAGCGGCGUCUAUGGCUUAAAGAUGCAGUGGACCCCAGAGCACAGCCAGUGGGCCGAACAGCAUUUCGACAUCUCCUCCACCACGCGCUCGCCAGCCCACAAGGCUGAGGCCUACAGGGCGGUGCCGGGCCACCUGCAGCGCUCCGCCACCUACCAGUACGCCUGGGCCAACGAUGACAUCUCAGCCCUCACUGCCUCCAACCUGCUUAAGAAGUAUGCUGAGAAGUAUUCCGGCAUUCUGGAGAUGCCCGGCUCGUACUCGGAGGCCCCCGGGGUCCCAGGAGUGAUGAAUGGACGGAAAGGUGAAUCAGAGCCCUGGCAGGACGGCGUCUAUCCAAUGAGCUGCAUCCCAGAGGGGGUUUCGGUGAGAAAAGGAGGGGUGGCGGCAGCUUCGGAAGUGGUGUCUGGCAUGUGCAGCUCCCCGGGCCUGGCCUCCAGCACUCUGAGCGAGCCCAGCUACUCCAGCAGCAGCUGUGGGAGCCACACCGCCACCGCCCUCCACUCCUCCUCCAUGCCCUCUCAGGAAUACGGCCCGGCGUACAGCGGCUCCUACUUGCACAGUAGUUACAGCUCCCAGUCUGCCCCUGCCCCGGCUCUUCCCUCCCCGCUGCACAGCUCUGGGCUCCUGCAGCCACCCCCUCCACCGCCCUCCCACCCCACUUUAGUCCCAGCUUACAACGGAGGCUCUCCUAACUUGUCUAGUUAUAAUUACCCCCCAGCAGGCUACCCAGCUCAGAGCUCAGUCGGGCCAGGAUACAGCCCUGGGGGAGCGCCCCCUCCCUCCUCAUACCUCCCCUCAGGCAUCGCUGCACCUACACCUCUUCCCCCCUCCUCUGCUUUACCUGGAUACCCAUACCAGAGCCACAACCUGACCCCAAUCGCACCGACCCCUCUCAGCAGUAGCUCCUCCAACUCACUGAAGAGGAAAGCCUUCUACAUGACAGGCCAAGGAGAAAUAGACUCUUACGCUAACUUCGGCUACGGUCAGGCUCGGAGCUCGGCUGAGAGCCCCAUGUACAGGAUAGCAGACAGCAGCAGCGCAAAUGGAGGCUCCAACAGCGCCAGCGGAGGUGGCUUCGACAGGAGCGCUGAAAAGUCGUCUUUACCUUUUAAUCCUCAGAAGCAGUCCACAAUGCCGUCAGAGCAGCAACAGAGGAAGUACAGCAGCCAGGCAACAGGUGGGCCACUGACUCCGCCAGCCUAUGUCUCCUCCACCCUGGGGGGUUCCCGUUCGGCAGACUCCCUCGCCAGCUUCACCUCCCCCUCCCUCAGUGAGCAAGGUGCUGAUGAUCACCGUCUCCACCUCUCCCACUCAGCACCGGGGCCUACCUCCUCCUCAUCCACUUCCUCCUCCAGGCCUGCUGAAGAGCAGCUAAAAACCAGUGACCCUCACCUCCUAGAUAUGGUUACCUCUGAAAUCGUUCAGCAGGGCCCCCCAGUGGAUUGGAGUGACAUUGCAGGUCUAGACCUGGCCAAGGCGACCCUGAAGGAGGAGGUCCUGUGGCCCAUUCUUCGCCCGGACAUGUUCAGCAGUUUGGGACCGGCCCCACGUUGUGUGUUGCUGUUUGGCCCGAGGGGCAGUGGCAGGACGUUGCUGGGUCGCUGCCUGGCCAGCCAGCUGGGGGCGCCAUUCCUCCAGCUCAGCGGUUCCACGUUGGCCACCAAGUGGCUGGCUGAUGGAGAAAAAAUUAUCCGGGCGUCCUUCCUGGUGGCACGGUGCCGACAGCCGUCAGUACUGUUCAUUAGUGAGGUUGACAUGCUGCUGUCAGCCCACCUCAGUGAAGAGAGUCCCAUCAACCGGCUGAAAGGGGAGCUGCUCGCCCAGUUGGACUCGCUUCUCAUGGGCUCCGGCGAGGACGGAGGCAACCAAGUGUUGGUGGUUUGCUCCACAAGCAGACCCCAGGACAUGGACGAGGGGCUGCGCAGGUACUUUGCUCGGAGGGUCCUGGUGCCCCUGCCGGAUAGCGCGGCCCGACACCAGAUCGUGAACCAGCUCCUGGCCCAAUCUCAGCACAAAUACUGCUUGAGCGAGGAGGAGCUGGCACUGCUGGUCCAGCGUACAGAGGGUUUCUCUGGACUGGACCUGGCCAGACUCUGCCAAGAGGCCCUCGUAGGUCUGUUACACGUCUCUGCACAGGGCAUGGACAUGACAGGUAUGAUGCCCAGGGGACAGAUCAGGCCCCUCACCUACCAGGACUUUGAGAGUGUCUUUUGUAAAUUCCAAGCCAGUAUAUCGCAGAAAGAGAUUGACACGUACACUGAGUGGAACAAAAUGUUCGGCUGCAGCCAGUGAAAAGAUAGAGUCCGCCCUUGAGAAAAAGAGGCAUCCACAAUUCCUUUCCUCAGGGCAGAAGCAUUGUGCUGGAGGGAAAGGCACGCAGAAGGCCAACACAAGCCCACCGAGUUCUCACAAGCAGGGUUUAAAUGCUCCAAGAGACCUGGUUUGAUGAGACAACUGGCAGUUUUGCAGUUAAUGAGCAAGAGUUUUAAUUUGAAUGCUUGACACUCCAGAAAGCCAGGCAUUGUUUACACAUUGCAAGCAAGUUGGCUUCAGAAGAAAGAUGCCCCAGUGUCUGUGUAUAUAUAUCGUUACGUUCUUGUUCUUGAGAUUUAGUUUGGCUAUCCAAGUGCCUGAAGUGGUGCUUUCUGAUUUUCUUUCUUUAUUUGCCUCACAGUCUACAUUCAUGGCAUGAGCUGAUGAUUAUUAAGAGCUUUAAAACUUCAGCGGUGAGUCUGAACGACAGAGAUUGACAGUUGCUGGUGGUCAAUCAUUCUUUAUUGUCUUGCUAAGAGCAGUAAUCCAUCAGAGCGGCAGUAGUCUGGGCCCUUACUCGCACUCAUCUCUUCUGAUCCUGUGUCUGCAAAACAAACAAACGUAACAAACAAAACUCAGGAAAGCGUUUGUGAAUUGUACAGUACCUCAAGAUAUCUUGACGAAAAGCACUAAGAUCUGAGAGGGGAAUCCGAGGUGGUUUGGCAAAGCAGUGUUAGGUGUACCUCAGCUGGCUAGGAUAAAUAGCAAAGAGGUGACAAUGAAUGUACUAGAUAUGUUCUGGAUUGAUGGGACAUAAUCAAUAGUGAGAGUAAAAACAUUAUUUCUUUCCAUUUUUUUUCCUCCCAGCAGGUGCUUUAGUUACCUGAUUCUUCUUGACCAGUCCUGAAGCUUAUUUCCAUUGCUCUUAAAAAAAUGUAAAACAGUGUUGCCCAGUUUUGUCGUUUGGGGGUUUUAAAGAGACGGGCAGGUUUUGGGGAUGGUGGGAGUUGUAUAUUUAUUAAAACAACCAUAAUCAACAUUGUUUAUAUUAUGUGAUCUAGGCUAUAUGGUUAGGCUGCAUCGAGGUUCCAUCAGUCAGCUAACUUCUGCGCAAAAUACCUCAAAUAGCUCGUUUGUCAUAUUGUUUAGCAAGGGAAGCUGUAUUCUCUGACAUUAGAGGAACAUGAUGCUAAAAACACCUCCAAAUUAUUUAAAGGAAUAGUUUGGGAUAUAUGCUUUUUUGCUUUCUUGCCUGGAGUGAGAUGAGAAGGUCGCUGCUACUCUCAUGUCUGUGCCGGCGUGCUCGCUUGACCUAAAAAAAAAACCCCAAAACAUGGGAACAAUAGCCUGGCUCUUUCAGAAGGUAACAAAAUCCAGCUACUGGCACCUCUGAAGAUCAACAAUUAACACAUUAUAUUUUGUUUACUUAGUUUGUACCAAACUUAAAUGUUAAAAUGACAAUUUGUAAUUUUACAGGGGAUUGUGCGUUGUUAAGCUACAGGCAGCUGGCUGUAGCCUUAUAACAAGAGUGGUAUUAACUCUCAGCAAGAAAGUAAAUAGUAUUUCCUAAAAUGUCAAGCUGUUAUUUUAAAUCACAGUAAUAUCAAACACAGUUUAUUGUAUCUCUCUCUGUGUGGGUCUUAAAUUAAAUGUUUGACUUAGCGCCAUUUUGUCCAGUUUACUCCAGUAGGUUUCAGCCAGAAAUGCUGCAUUGGACAGAAUAAUCAGUAAGCAGCUCAUCUGCUGUGUUCAAGGAAAUCUGUUUUUAUAAAAGUGAACUAGCAUCAGGAGAGCUAAUUCCAGAUCUUCUCCUAGUUUUGAAGUUGGAUUGAGUUGGUAUCACAACCUAGGUAUGGGAGUAUGGGUGUUGCAGUUGCCCUUUUACUCACGCUGAUUAGCCGUAUUUGAAUUGAAUCAGCUAUAGAAUGGGAUAGCAGUCCUGUAAUUUUAAUUAUACAUUCAUCCAGUACAUAUCUCACAUGUCUAUGAUUUUUACAAGUGUGGAAAGCAGAAAAUCAAGAGUAAAUUACUGUUUUUGUCAGAGGUCAAGAGGUCAUUUGAUGAUAGCAAUUUUCACUGACUGACAUCUCUGUAAUGCGGUUUGUAUUAUUAUUGCCAUGGCCAUGUUAUUGUCCAGUUGAGAAGCAUAUACAUAGUUCGCAAAAUGGUGAAUUACAUUAUUUCUAUCCGGCUGCAUCACAAAAUUGAUUUUAAUGAAAAGAUGUUUUAUCCAAAACGAUUGCACCAGGCUAAGUAUUAUAGUUCAAUUUCAAAUUUUUACCUGUCUGUAACUGUAUUGUCCGUUUUUUUAAACUGUAUUUACACAAUGUCAUGAAGCACAUAAUCUAAGUGCAUUUUCAGUUUACUGAAAAGCUUUGUAACAUGAGUGGGGAAUUUUGGCACGAGUCUUAAAGCCCUUCAUCCCUGAAGGUUAUCUGUUGCCCAUUGUAUUGCAUCAGAAUGUAUUUUUGUCUUUUCCUUGUCACUGUAAGAAGCUGUCCUUAGCUCUACUGUUGUGGCAUUGGAGUACUUAAGAUAGUUUAUUGUAUGUGCACUAAAGCAUUUUUGUGUGUAAUAUUGUUUUGUUGAAAUGUCUCAAUGCCACUGACAGCGCUUGCUUUGUUUUGUUUUGUAAGUUUGGUAUUUAUCCUGAAGGAGAUUCCAUUUAACUGAUGAUCAGUUUUACAAUUUUAUUGUACAUCCUGCUUUUUCUUUUUUUCUUUUUUUUUUUGUUCUAAUAUCACUGUUGAAGUAGGAGAUACAUACAGUAUGUGCAGGCCCACUCCAUGUUGCUAUCCCUGGUCUAGGCACCAUCAGUGCAGCACCUGAUGUGGGGGGGAAAAAAAAGUUCUGCUGAGCAUCAGCAAAACUGACGGAAAGGAAAGACAGCCAGGCAGUGUGGCGGCAGCACAAGGGGAAAGCAGAGUGGUCCGUCAGAAAACCACCCUCAAAACAAUCUGUACCAGAAUUCCUUCUGUCAGCAAAUCCUCUGGAGAGAGAGUCCCUUUAGACUGAAAAACCUACUAAUGCACUUCAGAGCACACAACAACAGCACAGGCGUUCUCUCUCACCCCGUUCUCUACAGCCGACGAACAAACGACUUGAAACACACUGGUCAAUGCUACGCUUGUUUGUUACGUGUUUUGUGGUCCUUCUUUUGUGUCUUGCUCUUUUUCUACAUGGUGUUUAAAUCUAGCUUUUCUUUUUCUUCUUUCUUUUUUCUUUUUUUCUUGGAAAUCUUUCCUUAAAUGGACGCUAGAGUUCUUCUUUAAAGCAUUUCUACCUCAUGGCUACAAAACACACGUGGUAUUUGAUUUACGUCUUACCAAAUGUCAGACAUUUGUGAAAAAUACAUUGAAAAAAAAAAACAAAAAGAAGUGGAGAGAAUAACACCAUAAAGUUUUGCGCAGUCUACCUCAGAUGACUGUACUUAAAACAUUUAGCUGAUGGUGCAACCGCAGGCUGCAGCAUAGCCUAGUGUGUGUGUGUGUGUGUGUGUGUGUGUGUGUGUGUGUGUGCGUGUGCGUGCGCGCGUCUCUGUCACUGUGUGUCAGAUCCGAGCUAUAGGCAAAACACACACACACACCUGAUAACAUUGACGUCAAAAACACACUCACAAGUGAUUUGUGAGGAGGAAACAGUUGGGAGGGGGAGGGGGGGGGUCAACCUAAAGGUGACCUGGAAAUGUAUAAUCCAAUACAUUUGCUUUAAUCUUUUGUGAACUACUGUGGUUGUGCGCGUGUGAAUGUGUAUAUACGUGGGCACACUCUUCUUUUUUUUAUUUAGUGUGUUGAAUUUUAUAAAUUGUUAGUAUAUAUAACACACUUGCACAACUUUAAACCAGAGUGUAACGUGUUUCUGUUGUACAUACCUAUACAUACAAUACAAAUGCACCACUUGUUUAUAUGUGUGAAUAUGUUGCCAUACUUGCAGUCAACUUAAAUGUAUUUUCAUGUAAUCUGAGGUACAAGCAGCAACAAACGAUUCAUUAAAGACAUUUUCUUGGGA